CUGAAUUAGCUGGUGUCUGGGGAGUGGUUGUGGAGGAACAGGGUGGGGCUUGGGGACGCUAGAACCCAGGUCUCCCCUGAAUUUCACUUUCUGGGUACAGACCAGUGUUACUGGGGUCACUCACAUUGAGAGCAGGCCCGAGGAGAGUGACCGACAGCUGCGUUUCCGAGGUGGCCGCCUCUGUCGUGGGGCCACAUGGACCGCCCUGGGCCUGCAGGGUCGCAGCAUGGAGGAGGAGCCCCGGGCCGCCCCCGGGAGAGCAGCUCCGGGCUGGUGCGCGAGUGUCUGCAGCAGUUCGAGGUGACGGGGACACAGCUGCAGCGGAUCCACACCAGCCUCCUGGGCUCCAUGGAACAGGCACUGCAGGGACAGGCCAGCCCUGCCCCUGCAGUCCGGAUGCUGCCAGCCUACGUGGGCUCCAUCCCACACGGCACUGAGCAAGGAGACUUCCUGGUGCUGGAGUUGGGGGCCACAGGGGCCUCGCUGCGUGUCCUGUGGGUGACUCUGGCAGGCACCGAGGGCAGUAGGGUGGAGCCCAGGAGCCAGGAGUUUGUGAUCCCCCACGAGGUGAUGCUGGGUGCUGGCCAGCAGCUCUUUGACUUUGCCGCCCGAUGCCUGCGGGAGUUCCUGGACACCCACCCCGUGGGCACGCAGGGUUUGCAGCUCGGGUUCAGCUUCUCCUUCCCUUGUCACCAGACGGGACUGGACAAGAGCACCCUCAUUUCCUGGACCAAAGGGUUUAGGUGCAGCGACGUGGAAGGCCAGGAUGUGGUCCAGUUGCUGAGAGACGCCAUUAAGAGGCAGGGGGCCUAUGCUGUAGACGUGGUUGCCGUGGUGAACGACACAGUAGCCACCAUGAUGGGCUGUGAGCCGGGGGUCGGGCCAUGCGAGGUCGGGCUCGUCGUAGACACCGGCACCAACGCGUGCUACAUGGAGGAGGCGCGGCACGUGGCCGCCCUGGACGAGGACCGGGGCCGCAUCUGCGUCAGUGUGGAGUGGGGCUCCUUCAGUGACGACGGGGCCUUGGGGCCUGUGCUGACCACCUUCGACCGUGCCCUGGACCAGGCGUCCCUGAAUCCCGGAGCCCAGAGGUUUGAGAAGAUGAUUGGGGGCCUAUACCUGGGGGAGCUGGUGCGGCUGGUGCUGGCUCACCUGGCCCAGCGCGGGGCCCUCUUUGGCGGUUGCACCUCCCCUGGCCUGCUGAGCCCAGGCAGCGUCCUCCUGGAGCACGUGGCUGAGAUGGAGGCCCCCUCUGCCGAGGCAGCACGUGUCCAUGCUCUCCUGCAGGACCUGGGCCUGAGCCCGGAGGCUGCAGAUGCUGAGCGCGUGCAGCACGUGUGUGUGGCCGUGUGCACGCGCGCUGCCCGGCUCUGCGCUGCCGCCCUGGCUGCCGUCCUGUCCCGCCUCCAGCGCGGCCGGGAGCAGCAAACACUCCAGGUGGCGGUGGCCACUGGGGGCCGUGUGCUUGAGCAACUCCCCAGGUUCCGCAGUGUGCUGCAGGAGACAGUGGCGCUCCUGGCCCCAGAGUGUGACGUCUCCUUCGUCCCCUCGGUGGAUGGCGGUGGCCGUGGUGUGGCAGUGGUGACUGCUGUGGCUGCCCGCCAGGCUGCCCACCGGCGCCUGCUGGAGGAGACCCUGGCUCCAUUCCGGCUGAAUCGCGAGCACCUGGCUGCGGUGCAGGCACAGAUGCGGGAGGCCAUGGCCAAAGGGCUCCGUGGAGAGGCCUCCUCCCUCCGCAUGCUCCCCACUUACGUCCGGGCCACCCCUGAUGGCAGUGAGCGAGGGGACUUCUUGGCCUUGGACCUCGGGGGCACCAACUUCCGCGUUCUCCUGGUGCGCGUGGCCACAGGAGGUGUGCAGAUGGCCAGCCAGGUCUACUCCAUCCCCGAAUGUGUGGCCCAGGGCUCCGGGCAGCAGCUCUUUGACCACAUCGUGGACUGCAUCGUGGAUUUCCAGCAGAAGCAGGGCCUGACCGGGCAGAGCCUCCCCCUGGGUUUCACCUUCUCCUUCCCGUGCCAGCAGCUUGGCCUGGACCAGGGCAUUCUGCUGAACUGGACCAAGGGUUUCAAGGCGUCGGACUGCGAGGGCCAGGACGUGGUGUGUCUGUUGCGGGAAGCCAUCGGGCGCAGACAGGCGGUGGAGCUGAAUGUGGUUGCCAUUGUCAAUGACACGGUGGGGACCAUGAUGUCCUGUGGCUAUGAAGACCCCCGGUGUGAGAUGGGACUCAUUGUCGGGACGGGCACCAAUGCCUGCUACAUGGAGGAGCUGCAGAACGUGGCGGGCGUGGCCGGAGACUCGGGCCGCAUGUGCAUCAACAUGGAGUGGGGCGCCUUCGGGGACGAUGGCUCGCUGGGCAUGCUGGGCACCACGUUCGAUGCGCGUGUGGACCAAGCAUCCAUCAACCCGGGCAAGCAGAGGUUUGAGAAGAUGAUCAGCGGCAUGUAUCUGGGGGAGAUCGUCCGCCACAUCCUCCUGCACCUGACCAGCAUUGGGGUGCUCUUCCGGGGCCAGCAGACCCAGCGCCUUCAGACCAGGGACAUCUUCAAGACCAAGUUUCUCUCUGAGAUUGAAAGUGACAGCCUGGCCCUGCGGCAGGUCCGGGCCAUCCUGGAGGAGCUGGGGCUGCCCCUGACCUCCGACGAUGCCCUGAUAGUCCUGGAGGUGUGCCAGGCCGUGUCCCGGCGGGCCGCCCAGCUCUGUGGGGCAGGCGUGGCUGCCGUGGUGGAGAAGAUCCGGGAGAACCGAGGCCUGGAGCAGCUGGCGGUGUCCGUGGGAGUGGACGGGACCCUGUAUAAGCUGCACCCACACUUCUCCAGCCUGGUGGCAGCCACGGUGAGGGAACUGGCCCCUCGCUGUGCGGUCACCUUCCUGCAGUCAGAGGACGGGUCCGGCAAAGGUGCAGCCCUCGUCACUGCUGUCGCCUGCCGCCUUGCCCAGGCGGCCCCCGUCUGAGGAAGGCUCCAGGGACCACAGGAUCUCGGCCUCUGCUGUGUUGGGCGAAGACUUGCCCCGCUACCCGGGCCCCCAGGACAGCCUGUGUGUGACCCCCUGUGGCCAUCGGCCUCACCCCUGGGCUUUCCUCAAGAGAAGCAGCAGUCGGGUUAGCAAUAUAUAUAUAUAAUUUAUUUACA